GCGAGGUUAUUUAUUUUCUUCACAUGCAGAAGUGAUUUUCUUUCGUCCUUUUUUGAGGAAAUUAUUCAGCUUUAUGGACACACGUCUCACAAAAUGUCCACUCAAGAUCGUAAUCCUUCGCCUCCAGCGGAUGACAUAAAUGAAGAAAUUCUACACGCAGACAGCAUUGGAGAUACUCUAUUCAGCAAACGAUGGGUGUUCUCGACACUCAUGAAACUACUCAAGGAAGUCGAACAGGAGGCUGCUGGUAAAACAGCAGAGGAGCUUAUAGCUGCAAAGGCUCAUGGGAUUGAUAUCGACGAGGAGCUAGAAACUGAUAUUUGUAAACUGUGGGACAUGACCGCCAACCAGGAUGUCUCAAACUUCCUGCAUGAGUGGAAAUCUCUUGACAUACUCAUCAGCGUCGUUGAGCAAACAACUGCUCCGAGAUUAACGGAGAUUUGCAUGGGAAUCGUAGCUAACAUGGCGUGCAGUAAAGACAUCACAGCGCACAUCAGCAACAAUCAGAGAAUCAGACUAUUAACGCUAGAACUACUCGGUAGCAGUGAUACGCAAACGCUGAUCCAGACUACGAGGCUGUUAUCAACAUGCUUGUCAUCCAAGAAAGACGAAGUCACAACGGCGUGGCUUCAACAAAUCAACACAGACUUCUGCCAGAAGGUUGCGUUCAUUCUUCAAAGCUCAACAAAUCAUGAGCUGCUAUACAACAUGGGGUUCAUUAUACGAGCUUUGCUGGGAUUGGACGAGGCAUUGGUUCAAGACUGGACGGACACAGAGCAGAUAGUCAGCCUCAUUGAGGCACUUAAGCAAGUCAGCUCCGGAGGUAAAUCCACGAGGGAACAGUCUCGGACGAUCUCCUUGCUGUUGAGUUGUCUGGAGAUAAUCAUCGCUGACGACGAUGGAAUGGAAAACCUUGUGUCGGCGAGUGAUACCGUCUUGCCAUUGUUAGCGGAUUUCCUCUGGAGUUUUUGCGUUGACGAGGUUGUGACAGUCUACGGCAGUGAGGGCAGUCUUGCAUCUGCGAUCUACAUCAUCGAGGUUGCCAUGGCGAAUAUGGAAGGAGCCAAUGAUAUCGUUGAUACACUUUUGAAAUAUCCUAAGCUCCUGAAAGGUGCCGUUGAAAUAUUCAUCUCUCUAUACACUGAGAAAACUUCGACAAAGAACAACGACCCCGCAUCUAAACCCCAGGACCCUCCUGCAGAACAAAGCCCCUCAACGAAAAAUGUAGCACCCUCAUCCUUGACGUCAAUAUCCUCCAAGACUACUGAAAAUUUGAAAUCAGCGUCAACAGUCAGCGAUAACAAAACUCUCACGGAAUCCAAUUCCGAUAGCAAGAUCAAACACUCGGACAAUGUCCCUUCGUCGUCGUCGUCAUCAUCGUCCAAUUCCCAUAAUGCGUCUGAUGGGAGGCAAGAUAAAGGGGGCGGGGAUGAGGAGGAGGUGGAGGACCGGGAGGAGGAGUGUAAAGAACUCUCCGAGAAUCUCUCGUCGUUUUUUAUUUUCUUACUUCGAGAGGCAGGGGGCAACGAGUCACAGUCUCAUGUAGCCAGUUUACUGAUGACAGCGUGCGGAGAGAAGAACCUCGCCAUCCUCCGUGACGGGAUGGCCAAAGCCAAAGCAAGUCCUGAAAUACUGCAACUACUUCAACAAGAGCUCAUCGAUAAAUAACCGAGUAGCGAGUCGAGUUUUACUACUCAGACUCCACUAAAAGAUGACACGACUCGCAGCAUUGCACGAUGUUUAUUUACACACAGAGUCUGGACUUUUCUGCAGGCACAAAGUGUACACAAGUCAGCGAAAGAAAAAUGCCAAAUCUGAAUCUUUUCAAAAGAUUUGGGGUUGAGCUAAGACAAAUUGACUAGAGCAGGAUUUGAACCCACCAACUCCGGAAUAAUGUACCAGCGCUCCACCAAAUGAGCUAUCUGGCGAUCUCCUUAUUUUGUCAAUAUCUUUGUACCGAGUAUGCCAGUUAGAAGUUGUACAACCGUUAACUGCCGUGUAGCCAGGGAUCACGCCCUGAGUUUGUGUAAUGCUCUUUGGUUUAUUAAUCUUUUUAAGAGGGCAGAGAGAAAAUUGUCACAAACCUUUAUAUAUUCUGGUGUCAUUUUUACAACACUUGACUUUUAGCGAACAUUAAAGUAGAAAUAAUACUUCAAUUUUAAACAACAAUAACAUAUCUUUACCUGCCAGUAAAUGCUUUGAGGGUAACUCUGUGUUAAAAACAGGAUGAACCAUCUCUGCCUGUACAGGUACCCAUUUACUCCUGGGUGGAGAGAAGCAAUUAUGGAUAUGUGUCUCACUCAAGGAAAGAAGUAUCUUUAUCGCUAUUUAAAUCUACAAAUUUUUGCACCUCACUCGUCCCUGAAACACCAAGGUCAGCUUGAAGAGUCCAAAAUAUUCCUAAAUUUGCCUUGCGAGAUAAUAACAAAAAUACACAGUUUGUAUAUAGCGCCCUCGGGUGCUUUAGAAUGUUUUUUGUGUUUUUUUAGCUCAUGGUCCAAUUGUAUGAAGCUGCUAAAGCACAGAGUAGCUAAGCACAACAAAAUAAAAGCCACCAGCCCAAUUCUACCAGGCCCUAUUUAAUAGAGCUGCUUACGCAGAAAAUAUUGACCAAAUUAAUUUCAUUCUUUUAUCCCGGAUGCAAAUUUAACAUCCAGAAAAUAUUGCUCAAAGGCAGUGGACACUAUUGGUGAUUACUCAAAAUAAUUA